UCAUUGUGUUAUACACGAAUCUGCGUUAUUUGAACUCACGUUAUACAGGGGUCUACUGUACGAGGUUUAUUAAGUUCAAUGCCGAAAUCAGCUUGGCACUCGUUCGAAGUGUCGGAGAUUCGAGACCACCCGUUGACGUUCGCGACUACUAACGCGACGGCACAUGCACAUUCCUCCGCGAACGCAUGCCGCCGCGCCGUCCCACUUUACGUUCCUCCUUUCCUCGUUUCGUCUUCCCGCUUGGUUGUUCAACCCCGCCCGCUGUCAAUCCGUCACUCGUAUCGCCGCUCUCGUUACUCCGGUUAAUAGGAUUUCGCGUCGAGGAUGAAUGAAUGACUCUCUCUCUCCCUCUCUCUCUCUAUCUCUCCGGCGCGGCACAGUCGAACGUUCCGCGAGCUCGCUAUUUCAGAAUAUUAAUUACUACCGCGCUAAUUAACGCGAUAACGCGGAGACCGUAAGGAUGUCUCCGCUUGAAAAGCGUCGAGAGUUCAAAUAAAUGAUUAAUUAUAGCUAAAGAGAUUCGCGAUAUUAAAACUGUAACUAACUAAAUCGAUUUGUAGGUUUCAUUAAAUUAUUAAUUAAAUAUUGACGUAAACUCGCGCGCUAAUAAUUCUCUCAUAGCUCACUUUUCCGUCUUACUCGUCGAGGAUAAUUCGUUUUCGGAAUUCGUUAUACGCGCGCCGAGUCGAGGAACCCGAGUACAUCGCACCGAGGGAUUCGAUCGGCGCUCUCGCUACGUCGCGUCGGGUUAAACGGGAGUUUCAUAGUCGAUCGCCUUUGCGCUUCGGAAAGCCUCGUGGAGCGGAGAAUGUCGGUCACGUUUGAUAUUUUUGGAACGAUCGGCGUUUCUACGAUACGUCGGAGUUACGGCGCGAUUACCGCCGCGGCGGGGGGUUUUUUUUUUCGAUCGCCUCGUUAUCUCGUGCGACGAUAAAAGCCGCGAUUGUAUCUAAUCUCGCGUUAACAGCGUGAAUUUCCUUCGCGACGACCGUCGGACAAUGACCACUUUAAUGACAAUGACGAGGAUUAUCAGUAACAAUCCACCCGUUCCUUUAAUGCGACUUACUCGCGAUGCGUUCGCAGACGCAGGAUGCGACGUUUAAUAGUAUCCGGGACUGCAGCGAGAUGUCAAAGAAGACCUGCAAAAUGUUGGUCCAUCAAGUGUCGGCCGUACUCCCGGAUGACAGGCCAAUAACUGCCAUUUGCGUUGUGGAAGACUUAGACAAGUGUCCACCGAACUUCACAGUGGUAUCGAGAACCUACGAUCAGGACACCGACGCCGAUCUGUGGAGGGAGAGCGGACUGUUCAUCAAGAAGAAGGGUAGAUAUAUCUGCUUCUCGAAGACUGAGGGCCAGCCUGACUGCGUGGUCGAGGAUAUCGUGGUGAUUAAUGAGCGAGACACUCCGCCAGAAGGGUACAGCAUGAUCUCCUACACCGUGGACUCGAGGCAGAAGGCGUGGCGAAAGAAACAGGUGUGCUACAAAAUUAGGAAUAAGGACCUGUGCGCGAGAGCGGUCACGGAUAUAAUAAUAUGCAGCAGGAUAAUCCACAAGGACUCCAAACUGGCUCCUGUCGGAUUUUCCGCCGCUGGUGUCAUAAAUGGUGUUCGUGUGUGCUACAAGACGGUCGAUAUCACAAAUGCGAAUUCGGAUUCGCAGUCGUACGUUAAUAUAGAUUUACUGCAGAGCUCUUCCCCGAAUCCGUCAAAUGGAACCUUUCACAGGCCAGUCCCCGAAAGGCCCCCGAAACCAAAGUUCUCACCAAAACCACCGGCCAACGGGAUUUACCCGCAAAUCGCAGCUAACAAGGACGACGAGCCCGAUCGAGAUUACGAGGUCCUGAGUCCUAACGCUAGGAUCAGGCCCACGAGGCCCGCGCCCCAACCGCCUAUGUCUACACCAUUGGCCGUCACAUCCACGCCCAUUUACGGUACACUUCCGGGAUCGUCCGAUCUCGACGGAGUUCCGUUUGCGCUUAAUCCUCGUCUUACUACUAAUCAUCAUGAUUCUGCUAGUAAUAAACUUCCUGUUAUCAAGGUGUGGACGCAAAAGGACUUGGAUAGAGAGUUCUUUUAUGACUUUCGUGCGGAAAGAGAAACUUGAAAGGCGACGGCGUGCCAAAACUAAUUCGAGUUCCCGAGCGAUCUCUUUUCGUCGUAGUCGUUCGUAUCCGAUAUAAUGCUAGCCAACAAGCGUAUAAAUGGAGUGCCUGAACGAGUGAUUUAUACUAACCCGCGAGAGAAUGAAGCCUGCAUGACGCUUAAAAUGGGGAUUGUGUAAUGUUCAAGAAGGAAUAAGAUAAAAGAACUAAUUCGAUGUACGCGUUUCUUCUUUCACGCCCCACAUUUAAAUUUUGAUACUGGUGAUAACGUUGUCAUAUUUUUAUAGACUUGCGUUAUUUUUUGAUAGAUAGUAGAGAUUGUAUAUGUAAAAUAUAUGUACACACAAUUGUAUUAUAAUGUGAGAUCUUUUGCGCAUCUUAAUAUCGCAUAUCAACGCUUCUAAACACGCGAACGAACGCAUAAUACUGUUGAGAGUGGCAUCACAGUCUCGCUGCACAUUUAAUGCUUAACGCGGCAGUCCAAAUGCGUGACGAGAGUGCAAGCCACUUAAUUUUAUUGUUUCUACUGCCCUUUUAUUUCUUUUUUGACACAAUAGUUUCUUUUUUUUUAUAAUUUUCCUUCAAAGUGCUGCUUUUCUUUCUUUACCUGCAAUAAAGUAUUAUAUCUUUUUUGUUUAUAUAUACUCAUCUAUGAUCUGUGUAAUCAUGUUUGAAAAUAUAUGACUGUGUAUAUAGCACGUAUACUGAAAAAAAUCUAAUUGUUCGAUAUCAACGGAACACUACGUUCAAUCUUAAUCUUCCAUUUGAAUUUUCCGUUCUAUUCAUCGUUAAAUUCGUACCUUACGUAAGUUUCCGUUUUAUCGCACACAAGUGUACGUGAAUGUAAUUUAAGAUAGAAACUUGUAUGUUAACAAUAAUUUAAUAAAAGAUGACGGUCGAAAACCACUA